CGAGGUCAUGUCCGAUAUCAACCGGGGUUCGGCCGCUGGCACGACUCCUCCCGCCCGUGCCGCCGCCGCCGCCGCCACCGCCUCCGCCGACGGCUCUCUCAUCCUGCCGCCUCGACACACGCACAGCCCGGUAGUAACCGAUUUCCAAGGCGUAACCAGCCAAGUAACCAGCACGCUCGCGCCCGGUGCGCCUACCUCCGGCUCCGCGGUCUCGCACGUGACGACUAACCCCUCCUUAGCGAUAGUGCACACGACGGUGCACCCGGUGGUGACGGAGGAACAACUCCAGCGCGUAACCCGCGAACACCAUCACCACCACAUCCACCCCCUCAUCCAGCCGCUGGUCUCACGGCACAUCCUGCCAACAAAAUACUACCUCCAGACCGACCCCGCGGACCCGAGCGUCCUCCGCGAGAUCUCCGCCGCAGAGGCAAAGGCCUACGGCGAGCCGGUGUACACCGCCGAGCACGUCGUCGCGGGCGACCCAGUCGCCGAAGAGGUCUUUGGCUCGGUGCCGACGACGCAUACCCGCAUCGCCACGCCGCAUAUCCAAUCGACUAGGACUCACGCCUCCGCCCUCGCCCCCGCCCGUGCGUUCCAGACAGCGCAGGACUCGGAACAGGAAGUGAAGCGAGACGCGGAGCAGCGCGAGGUGCGCGCGCUUCAGAGGGAGGUAAGCGCCACUGGGGGCUCGGGCGUGCAUGCCAGCGGUGCCGGUGGUGGUGCAAGGGGGAGCGAUUCGGAUAGUUUUACGUCGUCGCUGUCGGAUGAGCACAAUCACAACUACAACCAGCAGCGUGAGAAUGCCGACUAUCUCGGGGAUCUCGGGGAUCUGAAGGAUUCGCAGCGGUGGCUUACGGCGACGGGAACAGCGACGGGGCCAGGGACGGGAACGGGCACGCCGACGGGUAGGGAGGAUGCGACGGUUGUUAGGACCGCGACUUUUGGGGGUGGUGGCGGUGGGGCUGGGAGGGCGCCGCCGCUGAGGCCUGCGGAUAGAGCGGACAGAGCGGAUGGUAGACCGGACUCGGUGGUUGUGGGGGGCACGGGGGUGUUGCCGGAUUACCUCUGAUCUACUUGAAGUAUGUAUUGUACGUGGGGUUUCUUCUGUUCGACUGCUUCACUAGGUACUUACCUACUACCGUAUACCGUACUUCGUUUAAUUGCUGUACUAUAUUGCAUUUGUAUGCAUCCGUGUAUAAUCUGUAUAAUCGAAACACAUACCUACACUUAAGCAUUAAUCACCAAUCCUUCAAACAGGCAAGCCGUGAGGUUCAAGCUUCACAAUUCUCUUGGCGAUGUUCU